AUGUGCAUUGGUAAUGCAACAGACGGUGCAGCCAACAUGCAGGGUAUCUACAAUGACUUUACAACUUGGUUAGAAAAGUUCUCUCCAGGGCAAGUGCAUGUUUGGUGCUAUGCACAUAUAUUAAAUUUAGCCAUUACUGAUGUAACAAAGUUUUCAUUAGAAGCAGCAUCUUUAUUUACUCUUCUAAAUAAUGCAGCUGUAUUCUUUAAAGAGUCACAUAAGAGAAUGUCUCUCUGGAAAAAUGUUGUAGGUGAGAAAGAACAGCGAAGAUUACAGAAAGCUGGAGACACUAGAUGGUGGGCUAAGGAAAGUGCUCUUAAUAAUAUUUUUGGAUCACCCAUUGAUGGUUUUAAUAGUGCUAUGUAUGUUUGUGUUGUCAGUGCAUUGUAUAAAAUAGAAACAUCUGAUAAAUUCAGUUCAGACAUUAGGCUAAAAUCAAAAUGUUUAAGAACUGAAUUCUUGAAGUAUUCUACUGUAUUAACUGCAUUUAUCUACCAAAGAAUAUUUGAAAUAACAGGGCCAAUUUCMAAAUAUUUACAAACAAGCGGUAUUGAUUUAAUAAAAUCUCAAGAACUUGUAAAUGACGCAUUAAAACGUCUAAUAAUUAUACAAAGAGAUUGUAAUGGCAUACAAUUGGUAGCAAACAAAUUUGUGAAGUGGGCGUCAACAGAGUUGGAAAAUAAAUUAGACGAGGUAGAUAUUGAUGAUUUGAUUGUUGAAGACCAUUUACCUGAAAUUAGAAGUAGGAAAAGAAAAUUACUACCUGGUGAGGUAUCACACGAUCAACCAAUUGUAAAUGCUUAUCAAAGAUUUACUGUGGAAGUACACAAUGUAAUUUUAGAUAAAAUUGUGUGCAAAAUUAAAGAAAGAUUUACUGGCAAUGAAAUGUUAUAUAAUGACUUAUCUUGCCUAUCUCCUAUCAACUUUGUUGAUAUAACAGUUAACGGUUUACCAUCUACAGCAUUAAAUGAACUAUGUAAAAAGCUUGUAAUAUUUGAUAAUCGUUUUAACGCCACUGCAUUAAAAAGUGAACUGUUAAAUUUUGCAAAACAUUGGAACAGCCUUAAAAAAACAUUACCAGAAUUUUACUUAGAAAACAAAAAUACAAACAUAACAUUUGAAAAUAACGGAUCUAGUGAUGAAGUUGAAGAAUGUGACACCCAAAAUGCAAUUAAAACAAGUUGUAGGUUUUGCAUGAAUUGUACUAUAUGCUGUCUUCAUGUUUUAGUCAAGUAUAAUAUGUAUAGCAGUGCUUAUAGUAAUUUAGGAUUGGCAUACAAAUAUCUUUUAACACUGCCAUCAACUCAGGUAGCAUGUGAGCGAACAUUUUCGACUUUGAAAUUUAUUAAAAACAGAUUAAGGAGCAAACUAUCGGAAUCCAAACUAGAGGCUUUUAUGUUAAUGUCUGUCGAAAAAGAAGUACUUUAUAAUAUAGACUCAGAUGACAUAAUCAAUAAAGUAGCUAAACCAUCUAGCACUGAUGAAGGAGAUAAUAAUAUAGUUGAUAGUGAAAGAAAAGGUAAGAAGAGGCGGUGA